GACACAUGCAGAGAUAGCAGGGACAAGUCGCACUUUAACAGAUUACGUUACACAAUACGGUACCUCACAGGAGACAGUUUUCACAUUUUUCUUUCAGAGACUAGUUUUAAAAUUGAGCUAAACAUUCUAAAAACUCCGCCCAAGAGAAAAAGGAAAACAAGACGAGUGCCGCCAUAAUGGGUGGCUUAGUUUCUAAAAGGAUUCUUAUUGCAAACGGAUACCAUCACGAUAUUUACGCUCGGGUGGACACGGAUAAAUCGACGGCCAUCAAAUGCGGAGCGACGCACAUUAAACUACCGUCUGCGGACGACAAAAAUACCACCGUCAACGAAUUCAUCACUAACGAACUCUUCAAAGAGAAAUUAUUCAUCAAGACGGCACCCGGAAUUCGGGCCUGUUUCCGCAUCAACAACUCGGCGAAAGAUUCAAAUUCCGAUAGUGGUGAGGUGUACGUCACGAUCGCAUUAUCCAACGGUGAAUUCAUUUGCAGAGGGUUGGCUGUACAAGUUAACCGCUGCUUAAUCAUCGACAGUCAAGGCAACCUCAAAAUAGUGCAGCAUUCAAUGGCGAGCCAAUUGGGUGUAGGCACCAAAUCGAGCGGAGGAGCUACAUGGAAAGAUAUCAUCAUCGACGGCAUCGAUCAUGGUAAAUUAAAAAAGAACGUCUAACGUGCCCAACUCAUUAGCACCGCACUUAGCCUUACGUGAAGCCGUGCGCACACCAAUAGCUCAACAAAUCGUGAUUACUUCUACUUAUUUCAAAAACAACAAUCGGUGGAGUAAUUCCAUUCAUAUCGUACAGACAUGUAACAGUUCAAAAGGUCUACCCAAUAUCGACUUGUGCAUUCUCUUGUGAUGUAAAACCAGCUUGUAUAUGUAACUGCACAACAUUCUUCCAACAUUAAAUGUUUGAAAUCAACCAAAAAAGGUCGUCGACCUGUUGUGAAACACAUUUCGUAAUCCGCUAUUGAGAGGUCGUUUUAAAAAUUACGUCGAUUUAUUUAACGACCCUAUUGUGAGUCUAUUCCCCAUUAUAUCAGACAGCGACCUUUUGCAGCAAUUGCACGUGAACACAGUGGACUUAAUGGAAUCACUUGAAAAUACGCAGCAAUUUAGAUUUUUUUUUUCACCCUUUCAGCUUGUCAAGAAGUAAAGGCUAACUACACAAUCGGAUUCCAUUAGUUUUUUGGCAAAGUGCACGAGAAAAAAGUAUUAAGCAAAGACCUGCGAUGUUAUUCCAAUCGUCUCUCUACGGCAAGUGUACUUGAGUGUGCUAUAAAGAAAUCUAUGUCUAACUAUACGAUGCCAACAGACGAGCGUCGCUAGGAGAAAAAAGAUCACCAGGUCACGGGUAAUAGGAGCACAGCACUCACCACACCCUUUAGUUUUUAUAAAGAGAUUCUAGAAUCCCCAAUAAAAAAAAAGGGGGGGAAGUCCGAGACGACGUGAUCCGAUCCGAAAAGUGAUUACAAUUGCUGUACAUCAAUCACCAUCCGUCUUCUCAAAUGUUACCAGCAGCCAAUCGAUUUCAUCUUGUCGUAUACAAUGCGAGAACUGUAACAGAGUUUUCUAUACACUUGAGUCUAACAUCAA